GGUAACAUUAACAACAACACCAAACAAGAAAAUGCCGCGAGUUCAGAUACAUCAAACAUAACGAACAGGCGUGGGAAUAGUGACGUAACGGGCCAAGCAAGGGAGGAAACGGGGAUAGAAAAUUGCUCUGCAGUGACAUUUCAUGAGGAAAAGAUGAUUUUUACCUAUACUCCACCUACUUCAAAAGAAAUCAUAAAGCACUACGAAAUUCAAAGUCGCAUGGAGUUAGUGCUCAUGUGCAUUUCUAUGGUAGCGGUGGUUCUUGCACUCGUACUUCUUACAUAUCUGAGGAUAAGGACCACUGAGAAAAUUUUCAUCCACAAAAAUCUCCUCCUUUCACUUGGGCUUGGAAAUCUUGUUUUUGUUCUGGACAAAACUCUAUUUGUUACACGAAACGAACACUCGGCUCUAUGUUCGACAGUGGCGGUCGUUCAGUUUUUUUUAGACAUUGCGCUGUUCACGUGGAUGCUUGUUGAAGGGAUGAAUCUUUACAGCAAGCUUAUCGUGGUUUUCAAUACUCCCAGACGAUAUGUCACCUACUUGGCAAUAGGAUGGGGUAUCCCAGCAGUCCUUGUGGGAUUGAUAGCGGCUGUCAGACCCAGUACCUUUGACAUGGGUAGUGCUCUGUAUGUGGACAUACAGUGUGGCUCACUAAGCCUUCAAGCUGAGAUCGAACGAACAACGUGUUGGCUAAACGGAAGUCUCUGGAUAUACAAAGGACCAGUCUUGGCCAUACUCGUGAUAAACUUGAUAAUGUUUGUGAUUCUUAUGCGUGUGAUUUUUGGGAAAAUUUCCGCAAGAUUUGGCAAGGACCGUCUCAAUGUCGCAAAGCGAAGUGCGAAAAGCAUUUUUGUUCUUCUUCCGUUACUCGGUGUGACGUGGAUACUGGGUUUUUUUGUGGAGUUCCACUAUGUUCUUGGAUACGUGUUUCUAUGUCUCAACUCCACACAGGGUAUCAUGUUUUUCAUCUUUCACUGUGUGUGCGAUGACCAGGUCCAACAGGCCAUAAAAAAGUUAUAUACCAAGCCUGAAGGUUCAGCAACGUCAGAGAAACCGCAACAAGUCACCAAGGAGACUGGGAGCAAUACUCGUUCGGCGUUAGAUGCAAGGAGACAUAAGGACAAUCACACCACAGGGAGCCUGAGUUUGAAGCUGAAUUAAAGCCCUAUCAGUAAUAUAGCUUAAACAUGUAAAGCAUAAUGUAGUGGGUUAACAUCCAAAUAGCAAACGCUUAGCUGGCGCCGAGAUUAUUUAGGAGAAAACCAAAGCUGUAUAUUUAAGAAUGUAGCAAAUAGAAAUCCCAUUUUGUUCUUUUACGUAAAGUAAGAUCGACAUAUACCUUAUAUAAAUACAAUUUGAUUUCAGUCUCUCCUAGAAUUAAUUCAUAUGUCAGCAUCUUUUUAUAUAUCUCUGUGGAACGUAGUUUACAUUCCAUCAUUCUGAUUUUCUCAAAGCCUCAAACAUACAGGGAGGGUGAUAUAAGCGGUUUAAUAAAUGAGGACAAGACUAACAAGAUUGUUUUAAUGCAAAAUUCUCCAAAUAAGAAUCUAUAUAUUUAUCGUAGUA